AUGCCUUACAAGCAGCCCAUUCAAGGCACGCUCUACUUCAUGGCCCUUUUGCUUCUCAACGUCCUCGACAUCGUGAUCAAAAUAUUCUACGAAAAUUCACAGGCAAGUCUACCCAAAAAAACUGAAUGGCCACUUUAUAAAUUGAAAUGCAAGCAGAAUCCUGCAGCCUACGUCACAGUUUUCCUGCCACCAAUCUCAUCAAUCCUGAUAUCACGCUUCAUCCUCAACCUACGCCAGGUGUCGCUCGGCAGCAUGGACUUGAAUACGACUUCUCCCAGCUCCCGGAAUACCCUGGACUUUCGCUCUCGUCUGGUUGGCAACUUUGGCGCCGAGGUCCAGCACACGUCUCUUGUUUUUGAGAAUGUCGAAGAUGACACUGAGGACGAGCAGAAUAUCAGUGGGGACUGUGAGGCCUUCGAGUUGGCGCAGGUGCAGUAG